AUGUCCGCCGACCCACUCGUCUUCCAUAACCCCAUCCUAAAAGGCUUCAACCCAGACCCAACCAUCUGCGUCGUGCCCGCCACACCCGACGGCCGCCACCCGACCACCUAUUUCCUCAGCACCUCGACCUUUGAGUACUUCCCAGGCUGCGCCAUCUACACGUCCACAGACCUGCUGCGCUGGCGGCUCAUCGGCCAUGCCCUGACCAGGCGGAGCCAGGUCGAGAUGCGGACGGUCGAGCCUGGGGCGGGGAGCUGGGCGAGCACGCUGAGGUAUCGGGCUGAGGAGGGGCGGUGGUAUCUGGCGAAUUGUUUGUUUCAGAGGUAUCGGCCUGGUAGUGAUGAACGCAUAUUUCCUCGCGGCUUCUACGUCUACACAGACAACAUCUGGGAUGAGAAAGCCUGGUCGGAUCCAGUAUAUUUCGACAACCCAGGCUUUGACCAAGACCUCUUCUGGGAUGACGACGGCAAGGUCUACCUCUCCACCACCAUGCGCCUAGCCCGCCGUCCCCCCAACUCUACCCAAAAGGACUUCGCAAUCCAUAUUUCCGAAAUCCAUCUCCCCACAGGCCGCACCCUCACCGCUCCCGCCGUGAUCCGCAGCUCCCCGCACGGCAUAGCGGAGGGCUCGCACAUCAUCAGGCGCGGCGGGUGGUACUAUCUUUUCACAGCCGAGGGCGGCACGGAAGCUGGGCAUCAGGAGUGGGUGUUUCGGAGCAAAGAUGGGGUGUAUGGCCCCUGGGAGGAGCAAGGAAGGCCGCUGUGGUAUAAUGGGCCGGAUGAGGUAGUGCAGAGGACCGGACAUGCGGAUGUGUUUGAGGAUGGGGAGGGGAGGUGGUGGGCUGUUUUGCUUGGAGUGAGGCCGCUCCGGGUGGAGGAUGAUGAGGGAGGGGGGAGGUGGUUGGAGCCGCAGCUUGGUAAGGAGACAUUCUUAGUCAAGGUUGAUUGGGUCGAUGACUGGCCUGUCUUCAAUGAGGGCAAGAACAUCACGCUCCUGACACGGGGACGAGAGAAUGUCGCCAAGCCCAAGAUCGAUGAAGUCUUGUCCGAGCAGAAGGAAGAGAACCCGGUGUGGACAGCUGAUCUGAGCAAGCCAGAGCUGGAACUUGGCUGGUACCAGAAGAACACACCCCUCAAACAAUCCUACUCCCUCAACGACCGGCCAGGCCACCUCCGCCUCCACGGAAACUGCCACGACCUCUCCAGCCCCGAGGCCCCUACGAUGCUCCUGCGAAAACAAACUGCCUACACUCAGACCUUUCAGGCGACGAUGGGCUUCAGCCCUUCCAAACUUGGCUAUGAGGCCGGCGUCGUGCUCUGGUGGAGCCAGUUCUCGUACGCCACCGUCGGUGUGACGCUGGUCGAGCUGCCUGAUGGCGAAAAGGUGCAGACGAUUGUGCGGCGGAGCCCAGGGGGGCGAGCAGGUGUGAUUCAUGUGAGUAGUCUCGUGUCUGAUGAGAGCGGAAAAAAACUGCUCUCCCAAGAGACCUUUACGCUCAGCGUGUGCUGUGAGCAUGAAAAGUACACGCUAGGGAUCCGCCAGGGCCCAGAAGAGGAUUAUGGUACUUGUCGGGCUGAUGCGCUGACCGUCAUGCCGCCUGUCGGCGGCGCUUUUACGGGGGUCCUGUUUGGCCUCUAUUCGUUUGGGAGGGGGGAACCUGUUCUGGAUCCUGCUGACUUUGCUGAAAUCCGUGUCUCGGAGCACGCGAGAGAGUAG